UUUUCCCCGUUAGGCCGCGGCGCGGCGGCUCGGGAGCGGCGGGAAGGGGAGCGGAGAGACCGGGGGAGCCGCAGCCAUGGCGGAUGUCACCGCUCGCAGCCUCCAAUAUGAGUACAAGGCGAACUCGAACCUGGUCCUCCAAGCGGACCGCUCCCUCAUCGACCGGACCCGCCGGGACGAGCCGACGGGAGAGGUGCUGUCCCUGGUGGGGAAGCUGGAGGGGACCCGCAUGGGCGACAAGGCCCAGAGGACCAAGCCGCAGAUGCAGGAGGAGAGACGCGCCAAACGGAGAAAGCGUGACGAGGACAGGCACGACAUCAACAAGAUGAAAGGCUAUACCCUGUUGUCGGAAGGAAUCGACGAGAUGGUGGGCAUCAUUUACAAGCCAAAAACCAAGGAGACGCGUGAGACCUACGAGGUGCUGCUCAGCUUCAUCCAGGCCGCCUUGGGGGACCAGCCCCGAGACAUCCUCUGCGGAGCCGCCGACGAGGUCCUGGCCGUCCUAAAGAACGAGAAGCUGCGGGACAAGGAGAGACGCAAGGAGAUCGACCUGCUCCUGGGCCAGACCGAUGACACCCGCUACCAUGUGCUCGUGAACCUGGGCAAAAAGAUCACGGACUACGGCGGAGACAAGGAGAUCCAGAACAUGGAUGACAACAUCGACGAGACCUACGGUGUGAAUGUCCAGUUUGAGUCUGACGAGGAGGAAGGAGACGAGGACGUGUACGGAGAAGUGCGCGACGAGGCGUCCGACGACGACAUGGAGGGCGACGAGGCUGUGGUGCGCUGCACCCUCUCCGCCAACCUGGUGGCCUCGGGGGAGCUGAUGAGUUCCAAGAAGAAGGACCUGCACCCCCGGGACAUCGACGCCUUCUGGCUCCAGAGGCAGCUGAGCCGCUUCUACGACGACGCCAUCGUGUCCCAGAAGAAGGCCGACGAGGUGCUGGAGAUUUUAAAGACGGCCGGCGACGACAGGGAGUGUGAGAACCAACUGGUCCUGCUCCUCGGCUUCAACACCUUCGAUUUUAUCAAAGUUCUGCGGCAGCAGAGGAUGAUGAUCCUGUACUGUACCCUCUUGGCUAGUGCCCAGAGCGAAGCCGAGAAGGAGAGGAUCAUGGGGAAGAUGGAGUCCGAUCCCGAGUUAUCCAAAUUCCUCUACCAGCUCCACGAGACGGAGAAGGAGGAUCUGAUCCGGGAGGAACGUUCCCGGAGGGAGCGCGUACGCCAGUCCCGGAUGGAUACGGAUCUGGAAACGAUGGAUAUGGACCAGGGGGGAGAGGUGCUGGCCCCACGGCAGGUUCUGGACCUGGAGGAUUUGGUCUUCACCCAAGGGAGUCACUUCAUGGCCAACAAGCGCUGCCAGCUCCCCGACGGAUCCUUCCGCCGCCAGCGCAAGGGAUACGAAGAGGUGCACGUGCCCGCUCUGAAACCGAAACCCUUCGGUUCCGAAGAGCAACUGGUUCCGGUGGAGAAGCUGCCCAAAUACGCCCAGGCCGGUUUCGAAGGCUUUAAAACCCUGAAUCGCAUCCAGAGCAAGCUCCACCGGGCGGCCCUCGAAACCGACGAGAACCUCCUCCUCUGCGCCCCCACGGGGGCCGGCAAGACCAACGUGGCGCUCAUGUGCAUGCUGCGCGAGAUCGGCAAACACAUCAACAUGGACGGCACCAUCAACGUCGAUGACUUCAAGAUCAUCUACAUCGCUCCCAUGCGCUCCCUCGUGCAGGAGAUGGUGGGCAGCUUCGGGAAGCGUCUGGCCACGUACGGCAUCAACGUGGCCGAGCUGACGGGGGACCACCAGCUGUGCAAGGAGGAGAUCAACGCCACCCAGAUCAUCGUCUGCACGCCCGAGAAGUGGGACAUCAUCACCCGCAAGGGCGGGGAGCGGACUUACACCCAGCUGGUGCGGCUCAUCAUCCUGGAUGAGAUCCAUCUCCUCCACGAUGACCGAGGGCCCGUCCUGGAAGCGCUGGUGGCCCGGGCCAUCCGCAACAUCGAGAUGACCCAGGAGGACGUGCGGCUCAUCGGCCUCAGCGCCACCCUGCCCAACUACGAGGACGUGGCCACCUUCCUGCGCGUGGACCCCGCCAAGGGCCUCUUCUACUUCGACAACAGUUUCCGCCCGGUCCCCCUGGAGCAGACCUACGUGGGCAUCACGGAAAAGAAAGCUAUCAAGCGUUUUCAGAUCAUGAACGAGAUCGUCUACGAGAAGAUCAUGGAACACGCGGGCAAGAAUCAGGUCCUGGUGUUUGUCCAUUCCCGGAAGGAGACGGGGAAGACGGCCAGGGCCAUCCGUGAUAUGUGCCUGGAGAAGGACACGCUGGGCCUGUUCCUGAGAGAGGGCUCCGCCUCCACCGAAGUGCUGCGCACGGAAGCCGAGCAGUGCAAGAACCUGGAGCUGAAGGACCUCCUCCCUUACGGCUUCGCCAUUCACCACGCCGGGAUGACCAGAGUCGACCGGACGCUCGUGGAGGAUCUCUUCGCCGACAAGCACAUUCAGGUUCUGGUCUCCACGGCAACUCUGGCCUGGGGCGUGAACCUCCCCGCGCACACCGUCAUCAUCAAGGGCACGCAGGUGUACAGUCCGGAGAAGGGGCGCUGGACAGAGCUGGGGGCCCUGGACAUCCUGCAGAUGCUGGGCCGGGCAGGGCGACCGCAGUACGACACCAAAGGCGAGGGCAUUCUCAUCACCUCGCACGGAGAGCUCCAGUACUACUUGUCGCUGCUCAAUCAGCAGCUGCCCAUCGAGAGCCAGAUGGUCUCCAAGCUCCCCGACAUGCUCAACGCGGAGAUCGUGCUGGGGAACGUCCAGAACGCCAAGGAUGCCGUCAACUGGCUGGGCUACGCCUACCUGUACAUCCGCAUGCUGCGCUCCCCGAACCUGUACGGCAUCUCCCACGAUGACCUGAAGGGAGACCCCCUGCUGGACCAGCGCCGGCUGGACCUCGUGCACACGGCCGCCUUGAUGCUGGACAAGAACAACCUGGUCAAGUACGACAAGAAGACGGGCAACUUCCAAGUGACGGAGCUGGGCCGCAUCGCCAGUCACUACUACAUCACCAACGACACCAUGCAGACCUACAAUCAGCUGCUGAAGCCCACCCUCAGUGAGAUCGAGCUCUUCAGGGUCUUCUCGCUGUCCUCCGAGUUCAAGAACAUUACCGUGAGGGAGGAAGAGAAGCUGGAGUUGCAGAAGCUGUUGGAGCGGGUCCCCAUCCCAGUCAAGGAGAGCAUCGAGGAGCCCAGCGCAAAGAUCAACGUGCUCCUCCAGGCUUUCAUCUCCCAGUUGAAGCUCGAGGGCUUCGCGCUGAUGGCCGACAUGGUGUACGUCACGCAGUCUGCCGGACGGCUGAUGCGGGCCAUCUUCGAAAUCGUCCUGAACCGAGGGUGGGCGCAGCUCACGGACAAAACCCUAAACCUCUGCAAGAUGAUCGACAAGCGCAUGUGGCAGUCCAUGUGCCCCCUGCGCCAGUUCCGGAAGCUCCCGGAGGAAGUAGUGAAGAAGAUCGAGAAGAAGAACUUCCCCUUCGAGCGGCUGUACGACCUGAACCACAACGAGAUAGGGGAGCUGAUCCGCAUGCCCAAGAUGGGGAAGACCAUCCACAAGUACGUCCAUCUGUUUCCCAAACUGGAGUUGUCCGUGCACCUGCAGCCCAUCACCCGCUCCACCCUGAAGGUGGAGCUGACCGUCACCCCUGACUUCCAGUGGGACGAGAAGGUCCACGGCUCCUCCGAGGCCUUCUGGAUCCUGGUGGAGGAUGUGGAUAGCGAGGUGAUUCUGCACCACGAGUACUUCCUGCUCAAGGCCAAGUACGCCCAAGACGAGCACCUCAUCACCUUCUUCGUGCCCGUCUUCGAGCCGCUCCCGCCGCAGUACUUCAUCCGCGUGGUGUCCGACCGCUGGCUGUCCUGCGAGACCCAGCUGCCCGUCUCCUUCCGUCACCUGAUCCUGCCGGAGAAGUACCCGCCUCCUACGGAACUCCUGGACCUGCAGCCGCUGCCCGUGUCCGCUCUGCGCAACGGCGCCUUCGAGAGCCUCUACCAGGACAAGUUCCCCUUCUUCAACCCCAUCCAGACUCAAGUGUUCAACACCGUGUACAACAGCGAUGACAAUGUCUUCGUGGGAGCCCCGACGGGCAGCGGGAAGACCAUCUGUGCCGAGUUCGCCAUCCUGAGGAUGCUGCUGCAGAACUCGGAAGGCCGCUGUGUCUACAUCACGCCCAUGGAGGCCCUGGCGGAGCAGGUGUUCAUGGACUGGUACGAGAAGUUCCAGGAGCGGCUCAACAAGAAAGUGGUGCUGCUGACGGGGGAGACCAGCACGGACCUGAAGCUGCUGGGCAAGGGCAACAUCAUCAUCAGCACCCCCGAGAAGUGGGACAUCCUCUCCCGCCGCUGGAAGCAGCGCAAGAACGUCCAGAACGUCAACCUCUUCGUGGUGGACGAGGUGCACCUCAUCGGGGGCGAGAACGGGCCGGUCCUGGAGGUGAUCUGCUCCCGAAUGCGCUACAUCUCAUCCCAGAUCGAGCGGCCCAUCCGCAUCGUGGCCCUCAGCUCCUCCCUCUCCAACGCGAAGGAUGUGGCCCACUGGCUGGGCUGCAGCGCCACCUCCACCUUCAACUUCCACCCCAACGUGCGCCCCGUGCCCCUGGAGCUCCACAUCCAGGGCUUCAACAUCAGCCACACCCAGACCCGCCUGCUGUCCAUGGCCAAGCCCGUGUACCACGCCAUCACGAAGCACUCCCCCAAGAAGCCCGUCAUCGUCUUCGUCCCGUCCCGCAAGCAGACCCGCCUGACCGCCAUCGACAUCCUCACCACCUGCGCCGCCGACAUCCAGCGGCAGAGGUUCCUGCACUGCACCGAGAAAGACCUGAUCCCCUACCUGGAGAAACUGAGCGACGGCACCCUCAAGGAGACCCUGUUGAACGGGGUGGGCUACCUGCACGAAGGGCUCAGCCCCCUGGAGCGGCGCAUGGUGGAGCAGCUCUUCGGCUCAGGAGCCAUCCAGGUGGUGGUCGCCUCGCGGAGCCUGUGCUGGGGCAUGAACGUGGCCGCCCACCUGGUGAUCAUCAUGGAUACGCAGUACUACAACGGCAAGAUCCACGCGUACGUGGACUACCCCAUCUACGACGUGCUGCAGAUGGUCGGGCACGCCAACCGCCCGCUGCAGGACGACGAGGGCCGCUGCGUCAUCAUGUGCCAGGGCUCCAAAAAGGAUUUCUUCAAGAAGUUCCUUUACGAGCCGCUGCCGGUGGAGUCUCACCUGGAUCACUGCAUGCACGACCACUUCAACGCCGAGAUCGUCACCAAGACCAUCGAGAACAAGCAGGACGCCGUGGACUACCUCACCUGGACCUUCCUCUACCGCCGCAUGACCCAGAACCCCAACUACUACAACCUGCAGGGCAUCUCCCACCGGCACCUGUCGGACCACCUGUCGGAGUUGGUGGAGCAGACCCUCAGCGACCUGGAGCAGUCCAAGUGCAUCAGCGUCGAGGACGAGAUGGACGUGGCGCCCCUCAACCUGGGCAUGAUCGCGGCCUACUACUACAUCAACUACACGACCAUCGAGCUCUUCAGCAUGUCCCUGAACGCCAAGACCAAGGUGCGCGGCCUCAUCGAGAUCAUCUCCAACGCGGCCGAGUACGAGAACAUCCCCAUCCGGCAUCACGAGGACAACCUGCUGCGGCAGCUGGCUCAGAAGGUGCCCCACAAGCUGAACAAUCCCAAGUUCAACGACCCUCACGUCAAGACCAACCUGCUGCUGCAGGCCCACCUGUCCCGCAUGCAGCUGAGCGCGGAGCUGCAGUCCGACACCGAGGAGAUCCUGGGCAAGGCCAUCCGGCUGAUCCAGGCCUGCGUGGACGUCCUGUCCAGCAACGGCUGGCUCAGCCCGGCCCUGGCCGCCAUGGAGCUGGCCCAGAUGGUGACGCAGGCCAUGUGGUCCAAGGACUCCUACCUGAAGCAGCUGCCGCACUUCACCUCCGAGCACAUCAAGCGGUGCACGGACAAGGGCGUGGAGAGCGUCUUCGACAUCAUGGAGAUGGAGGACGAGGACCGCAACGCGCUGCUGCAGCUCUCGGACGGCCAGAUAGCGGACGUGGCCCGCUUCUGCAACCGCUACCCCAACAUCGAGCUGUCCUACGAAGUGGCGGAGAGGGAGAGCGUCCGCAGCGGGGGGCCCGUCGUGGUGCUGGUGCAGCUGGAGCGAGAGGAGGAGGUCACGGGCCCCGUCAUCGCUCCCCUCUUCCCCCAGAAACGCGAGGAGGGCUGGUGGGUGGUGAUCGGAGACUCCAAAUCCAACAGCCUCAUCUCCAUCAAGAGACUGACGCUGCAGCAGAAGGCCAAGGUGAAACUGGACUUCGUGGCUCCCGCCACCGGCGCCCACAACUACACCCUGUACUUCAUGAGCGACGCCUACAUGGGCUGUGACCAGGAGUACAAAUUCAGCGUGGACGUGAAGGAGGCGGAGAGCGACAGCGACUCCGACUGAGCCCCGAGGCGACCGGGCCGAGCUCCGAGGACCGUCUCCGGCCUCUCGCCGCGCGGAGCUCGUCCGGUGUUCUCUCGCGCGCGUUUUUCUAGCUGUCCUCCCAAGUUCCCGACGCCCCAAUAAAUUCCUUUGGGGAGGUGU